GCCUCUGUUUCAGUGCUGUUUCUAGUUUUGUUCAUUACUCCUAUCUCUUAACCAUGAAUGCAAAUUUUCAGGGAACUGAGAGAGAGGUCUCAAUGCUGCGAGAUGUGUUGUUAUCCCACAAUAUAAUGACAGAGAGGUGCUUCACCACAUGCAUAACUAAAUUCAGACAGAACACAUUGACAGAUGAAGAGAAGUCCUGCAUUGAUACCUGCAUGGGAAGGUAUGUGAACUUCAAUCAGAGACUGAUGGCGACAUUUUUUGAGCAGCAGCAGGCUCGAAUGAAAGCUAUAGCAGAAGAACAGAACGCUCAGGUUCCCCCGCAACAAACACUCAUACAGAAAACGUGAUAUUAACGAUGUAGGACUCCAUGUACCAUGUAUAUUUUAAAACACCAUCCUUAGAAAAUUUCUAUGCUUCAGUUUUAUUUACAAUUCAUAUGUCUUGAAGUUUAUAAAAGCUAUGUUUAUACCAGCUAUUGAAUGGAAGGAGUGAUUACAAAAUUGAUGUUUUCUUUAAUCAAAAUUGCAGAUGCAGAUAUGUUCAGUUUCAUUUUUUUGCAGUCUUCAUGUUUUAGAACUUUGGUCACUCUAGUUAAAUUCUGAAAUGUUUCUAUAAUAAAAAGGCAAAUAUGAAGUCAGUGUCUAUUGAUAAUUUUAUCUGACACUUCAUUGUGUAUUUAUAUUAAUCAGUCUUUAUGAUCAUAGACAUGCUGGUGGUACACAGGUAAAAAAAAUUGUAUAUGACCUUGUGUACCUAAUUAUUUUAUACAAUAUAUGUACAUUUUCAGAGAAUUCUAAAAAUUUUCAUUCAUAAUGUUAUAUUAUUUCAUAAAUAAUGAUUAACAAGUAACAAGGUUGAUUUUAUGUCCCCCCCCCCAUUUUUGAUCAGUAUUUUGCACAAAUAUAGCACAUAAUGUAAAAUUACAGUUAGAAUAAAUAUUUUUGUGCUUGAA